CUCCUCUGGCUUCCUGGAGUCUAUGGCUGUCUUCUGGAGCUGGGUUGGAUCAAAGUCAAGUCAUACAGUACUGAGCAGGGGCGGACUGACAACUCAUGGGGCCCCCGGGCAAUAGGGGAUCAUGGGGCCCCCGUGUCCUUGCCCAAACUCAAAAAAGCCUAUGAAAAAUUUACUGGGGCAUCUCAUGAGGCCCCCUACUGACCCCGGGCCCUUGGGCAGUGCCCGAGUUUCCAAAUGGUCAGUCCGCCCCUGGU